ACGUGUGCACCCAGCAAGGAGCAGCCUGCUGCUGCCCGGAGGAAAAUCAGCUCGGGAGAAAUGGAAUUAAGGUCCAAGGAUGUUCACUGAUUAUUAAAAGAAAACAAAUGGAGCUAAAAUUCCACUGCCUUCCAACUUGCAUGAAGAAACGCUAUUGCUGAAAAGCUUUUAUUAAAGAGACCCAAGUACCACCAUGGUAAAAAGAUUCCUACAUGAUCUUAAGGCAUACAGGAACUGCAAAUUCUCUCAUUUAAAAUGCAUAUAGUAUCCUGUAAAACAAAUUAAGGCACUCACUAUUCGUAGUAGUAUUUCAGUCAGUUUUAAGUCUAAUUAAUCUGACUUUUAAAGCAUUUCAAUUUCCUAUACAAAAGUUUGCAUCUUUUUCAAUUCCAAUCAAAAAUGCUUACUAGGAGUCCAGUUGAAACAAAUCAAAAAUCUGAUUUUUUUUGUAUUGCCACCAAACUGUGAGUACUAAUAUCUUUUCUGCAGAUAUUUUAACCAUGGAAACUUAUUCUGCCUCAGUAUCACCUGUUAUAUGUAACAGCACAACUUUUAACCUGAAUGGAUCCCAUUUGUGUAACGAAAGCAUAUCCUCUAGAUUAGCUGAUAAAUCAGAACACCAACAAUAUGUUAUUGGCCUUUUCUUAUCAUGUCUUUACACAAUAUUCCUUUUUCCUAUCGGUUUUGUGGGAAACAUUCUGAUACUGGUUGUCAACAUUAGCUUUCGGGAAAAAAUGACAAUCCCAGACCUUUACUUCAUAAACCUGGCAGUGGCUGAUCUCAUUCUAGUGGCUGAUUCCCUCAUUGAGGUGUUUAAUCUUGACGAGAAGUAUUACGAUAUCACCAUCAUUUGUACCUUUAUGUCUUUGUUCCUUCAGAUCAACAUGUAUAGCAGCAUUUUCUUUCUGACAUGGAUGAGUUUUGACAGAUACCUAGCACUGGCCAAAGUAAUGAGGUCCAACCUAUUUCGCACUAUGCAGCACGCUAGACUGAGCUGUGGGCUCAUAUGGAUGGCAUCCAUUUCGGCAGCUCUAGUCCCAUUCACAGCCGUGCACUUACAGCACACCGGAGAGGUCUAUUUCUGUUUUGCAGAUGUAAAAGAAAUCCAGUGGCUAGAGAUAACCCUGGGGUUUAUUAUCCCCUUUGUGAUCAUCGGUCUUUGUUACUCAUUAAUUGUUCGAGUCCUCAUAAAAGCACACAAGCACAGGAGUCUGCGUCUGCGGCGACAGAAGGCUCUGCGCAUGAUUUUUGUUGUUGUCCUGGUUUUCUUUAUCUGCUGGCUCCCUGAAAACGUCUUCAUUAGUGUCCAACUUCUCCAGAGGAAAAGCGAGCCCGUCUCUUCAAACAGCCCAUCCUUCAGGCAUGAUUAUCCUUUAACAGGACAUAUUGUAAACCUAGCAGCUUUUUCUAAUAGCUGCUUGAACCCCUUGAUUUACAGUUUUCUGGGGGAAACCUUCAGAGACAAACUGCGACUGUACAUUGAACAGAAAACAAAAAUGUCAACUUUGCAUCGCUUCUGUCAGGCUGCCUUAACGUCUGUCAUUCCUGACAGUAAUGAGCAAUCAGAAGUCUGAUUUAGUGUCAUUGUAUCAAACAUAUGACUAUGAAGUUGUGCAAAUUGUGAACAAAAUGCUUGCUACUAACAGAAAAGUGCAUUUGUGUGUGUAUAUAUAUAUAUUGUAUCGCUCUAUUGAGUACUGAAGGUUUAUAUUCAAAAUGUUUUUAUGACAAGACUUCAAUGUAGAAGAAUAUGUUUUAGUCAGAUUUAUAUUUAAUUAUGAACAGGAUUAUUAAAAGCUGAGCACUGAAGAAGCUUUAUUUUGUAUUACACAUGUAUGAAUGACAAUAUAAGAGAAAAUUUUAUCAACUUGAGAAGACUGUAGAUGUAAUCUGAUUAUCAGAGAUGAUACUUUGCUGGUGUAUAUAAGGUACU